AUGGCAACAAAGGAAAAAGAUUUGGUCCAUCAGAAUGCAAUUCAGGUCGAGAUGAUCAGGAAAGAGCAAAGACAACAAAGACUUCACACAGAGUUUAGCAUCAAUCCACACCGAAAGUUACACAUUUUACCAGACAAACCAAUGUGCAGAAAACCACAAGAAGUGAUUCCUGAAAAUUCCGAUUUCAUCGAAGCCUUUCACAAAGCUCGCCAGGAGCCCACUAAGAAAUACCCAAUGCCAAUGACUGAAAGUCAGGAGAUCGGAUGGGUGUCUACAGCCCUGAUCCAAACAAAUCGCAAUGACAAUAGAUUGAAUUUCUUCCGACACAGCUCAGAUAUUACCAAGCAUCAAGAGUCGAUCCUACGCACUUCAAAAUAA